AUGUUGAAAACAGAACCCGCCACCGUCUUGCCCGCACAAGCGGAACCAUCCCCAACUCCCCCCACGGAGCCCACUCCCAGAUACAGCAACCAUAUAAUCUUGACUACUUACCCCGGCCAGAGCGGCAUUGAGCCCGUCCCCCUUGAGUGGGGCGCUCCCGACGCCAAAUCCCGGGGUCCGAUAGUUGUAUCCCGCAGCGGAAACCUCGUCAAGCGCCGCAAUGCCAUCGGUGCCCACGGUGGUAGUUACAGCAUCUACAAUGCCCUUGCCAUUGCCGCUGGCGACUUGGACGCGGAUUUCCGACCGGACUUCCGUAACUCUGAGCCGACUUUCAAUUUUCCCCCGCAGCCUGCCUGGGCGGAUAAGAAAAAGAUCGUCUCUCUGGACCCUUAUGGCCAUGACAUCGUCAACCAGUUCAAGGCAGAGCUGGAGGCUGGAUGGGAUAUCCGCCCAACUAUGGCGGUCACUCGGGCUAACAUGAAACUUGCGGAGAUCGCAGAUGAUGUGAAGAAUGGACUGCUCGAGGUGGACGGGUCUAUUCUUGUUAAUUCAUCCGGCGAAGUUCGUGUGACUAAGGUAGCAGCCGAGCCUGUCUGGUAUCUUCCCGGUGUGGCAGAGCGAUUUGGGGUUGACGAAGGCACCCUUCGUCGGACUUUGUUCGAGCAUACUGGUGGAAGCUAUCCCGAGCUUAUCACUCGGCCUGACCUGGAAACCUUCUUGCCACCAAUCGGAGGCCUCACCGUGUACAUCUUCGGCCCACCGGACCGGAUCGCAGACGAGAAUGUCAAGCUGGCUCUGCGCGUCCACGAUGAGUGCAAUGGCAGUGAUGUCUUCCAGUCAGAUAUCUGUACCUGUCGACCAUACUUGGCGUUCGGUAUUCGCGAAGCAAUCCGAGAGGCACAGAAUGGCGGCAGUGGUGUGGUCAUCUACUUCCGCAAGGAAGGUCGAGCCCUUGGAGAAGUGAUUAAGUAUCUUGUCUAUAAUGCGCGCAAGCGCGGAGGUGACACCGCCGAUAAAUAUUUCACUCGUACAGAGAAUAUUGCCGGUGUCCGCGACAUGCGAUUCCAAGCUCUUAUGCCCGAUAUUCUGCACUGGCUCGGUAUCACGAAGAUCGAUCGCAUGUUGUCAAUGUCGAACAUGAAGCACGACGCUAUCGUGGACUCUGGUAUCAAGAUUAUCGAGCGUAUCCCUAUCCCCGACGAGAUGAUCCCUAGUGAUUCAAGGGUUGAGAUCGAUGCCAAAAUCCAAUCGGGAUACUUCACUACCGGCAAGCAGCUGACGGAUGAAGAACUGGCUCAAGUCCGUGGACGCGGCUGGGAGAAAUGGGAAGACAUUUCGGUAAGUUGA